AUGUCGACCACAAGUGUGACUGAGUUGGUGUCAAUCCCGCCUUCUCACGACAGAACAACAACGACGACAGCCAGACUCCCAAGUCCCUCACCAGUUACGAGCAGACGAGAAUCCCGCAGCACCGCUGGUUCUGAAGAUGGACCCCAGGCCAAUAUCGCCACGACAAUCCCAGAAGGCGGGUACGGGUGGUUCGUUGUCGCAUCAUGCUCGAUCCUGACCUUCUGGUUCAACGGCACUCUUGGAUCAUGGGGUGUAUUACAAGCGGCGCUCCUCCGAUCCGAUCUAGCCACCACACCAACCUCGACCGUGUCCUUUGUCGGUAGUUUGGGCCUUGCCAACAUCGUCGCCUUUGGUCUCUUUGGAGUUCGACUGAUGCGUAUCCUGGGAGCACGACUGACCUCGAUUUUGGGAGUGGCGCUACUGGCUACAGGAGCUUUCACCUCGAGUUUCACCACAUCGAAUGUCGGUGGCUUGUUCGGCUGUUCUGGUGUGCUGUUUGGAUUCGGGGCGUCUCUUUGCUAUUCAGUGUCCAACGUGCUUCCGACGCACUACUUCUCUGCAAGGCUAGGUCUCGCCAGCGGACUGGUCAAGUUCGGAGGCGGUGUGGGAGCCGCCGUGCUGAGUAUAGCGAUCGAAGCUCUCAUCAGACAUGUCGGUAUUCCUUGGACUUUUCGCAUAAUAGGCUUGUUGGCCCUCGCCACCGGCUUGCCCGCAGCAUGGUUUAUCCGCGAAAGAGUCCCCAUCGGCCACGCUCCCUUCCUCGACCUGUCCAUGUUUCGAAACCUGGCAUUCACCUCGGUGUUUUUGGCUGGUGCCAUUGGCGUUUUCUGCAUGUUCGUCCCGCCAUUCUUUCUCCCCUUGGUCGCCGAGUCUCUGGGAAUGACACCCAGUACAGGGGCGGCAAUAGUGGCCGGGUUCAACGCGUGCACCGCCGUGGGGAGAUUCGUGUCUGGCUGGCUGAGUGACUACACCGGUCCCGUCAACAUGCUUCUGCUGUCGAUGCUCGUGAACGCCAUCACCUGUUUUGCCAUCUGGCCUGUUUCAGAAUCGCUGGCACCGCUGCUUACCUUUGCUAUGUUGAAUGGUCUAGCCAACGGUGCGUUUUUCACCAUCUACCCCGUCGUCGUGGCCAGCACCUCCGUCAAUAUCGGCUAUGGUCAUAGCAGUGGACAAGCAGUUGCUAUGGGAAUGGCCACCACAGGCUGGACCGGUGGCUAUUUAUUGGGAGUCCCCAUUGCUGGGUAUCUGCUUCAAGCUUCUGGUGUUGGCGCGCCCGGUCAGUCGCCGAUUCAUACCUCAGUGGCUCCUUAUCGCCCGGCAAUCUUCUACGCGGCUGCCAUGGCACUCGCCGCAGCGGGAUUCGUCAUGGUCGCGAGAAUCAGAUUGAGUCGAGGGGGCAAGAGAAAAGUAUGA